AUGGAGGAAGCCCAGGCAGCAGGCUUGGCAGAGGGGGAGUUGAAGCACGCCAAGGAUCAGCUGGAGGCAGCAGAGUCCAAGGAGAAGUUGGAGGCCUCUUUGAAGACCGCUCUGCAAGAGCGCAACGUGCACGAUCUGAAGUUUGCGAUUCCACAGGCGAAGGAUGCGGGCAUCGAUAGCGCGCUCAUCGCAGAAGCUGAGGAAGUGCUGAAAGUGGAAGAGCCCAAGAUGAAAGCUCGUGAGCAGCUGGAUGAGGCGACGAAGCACAUCACCAAGGCGGCUUUGCAGGAGGCGAUCAGCGCUGCAAAGGCCGCAGGCCUCGAGCCUACGGAGUGGGCCAAGGCAGAAGAACUCUUGAAGAAGGAGGAGCAGAAGGAGAAGCUGAUGAAGGAAGUGAAUGCAGCGCUGGAAGACUCGCAGCAGGUUGACACGAAGAGCAUUGAGUCCUUGCGCGAGAUGAAAGACAAGCUGCAAACGGCAUUGAAGGCCGCCUUGGAGGCUGGAGUGGCUGAAUCGGAUUUGGUACCCAUCGACCAACGCCGCAAGAAGUUGCACAACAUGGUGGAGGACCUCAAGGGGUCGAUUCGCGUCUUCUGCCGUGUACGACCCCUGAGCAAGAAGGAGACAGGGCAAGGUGACAGCUCCAUUUGUGAGGCUCGAGCAGAAACCUGGUCAAGGAGGAGCAGUUCCUCUUCGAUGCCGUCUUUACUCCUGGAACCCAGGAUGAAGUCUUUGAAGAUUGUCGCGAUUUAG